GCUUGUCUGUGGACAUGACCUUGGCCCCAGCUCCAUAAAUACCUGAGGCCCACGGGGAAGGCCACCGGGGGCAGACACUCAGCAUGGGUCGCCUGGAGCUCACCGUCGUGGGCCUCGCCUGCUGCUUGGCCGUGGCCAGUGCCGCAAAGCUGGGCCCGGUGUACACAGAAGGAGGGUUCGUGGAAGGUGUCAACAAGAAGCUCAGCCUUGUGGGCGUUGACUCUGUGGACGUCUUCAAGGGCAUCCCCUUUGCCACCGCCAAGACCCUGGAGAACCCGCAGCGGCAUCCUGGCUGGCAAGGGACCCUGAAGGCCACGGACCUCCAGACAGCAUGCAUGCAGACAACCUUCACAGAAGACAGCGUCUUUGGGGACCAAGACUGCCUCUACCUCAACAUCUGGGUUCCCCAGGGCAGGGAUCAAGUGUCCCAGGACCUGCCUGUGAUGAUCUGGAUCUAUGGCGGUGCCUUCUGGAAGGGCUCUAGCAGUGAGGACGGGGAGGAGAUGGCCACCCGUGGCAAUGUCAUCGUGGUCACCUUCAACUACCGCGUCAGCACCUUGGGCUUCCUCAGCACCGGGGAUGCCAACCUGCCAGGGAACUACGGCCUUCGGGAUCAGCACAUGGCCAUUGCCUGGGUGAAGAGGAACAUCGCGGCCUUUGGGGGGGACCCCAACAACAUCACCAUCUUUGGGGAAUCAGCUGGGGGUGCCAGCGUCUCCCUGCAGACCCUGUCCCCCUACAACAAAGGCCUCAUCCGGAGAGCCAUUAGCCAGAGCGGUGUGGCACUGAGCCCCUGGGCUAUCCAGCGCAACCCACUCUUCUGGGCCCAAAGGGUCGCUGAGAAGGUGGGCUGCCCCACGGACGAUACCGCCAGGCUGGCCCAGUGUCUGAAGAUUACAGACCCCCGGGCCCUGACUUUGGCCUAUCACGUUCCCUUCAGUAAAGAGGAAUAUCCUUCAUUUCACUAUCUGGGCCUUCGCCCUGUCAUCGAUGGAGACUUCAUCCCCGAUGAGCCUGUCAACCUGUUCUCCAACACUGCUGACAUCGACUAUUUAUCAGGCUCCAAUAGCAUGGAUGGCUACUUUCUUGCUGUUGUCGAUGUGCCAACCAUCCAGGAGUCCAACAAGGACACCACAGUGGAGGACUUCUACUGGCUGGUCAGUGGGUUCACCACGAGCAAGGGGCUGGAUGGCGCCCGGGCCGCCUUUGACGUCUACACCGAGCGUUGGGCUCAGGACCCAUCCCAGGAGACCAAGAAGAAGACCGUGGUGGACCUGGAGACCGACGUUCUCUUCCUGAUUCCCACGGAGACAUCCCUGGCCCAGCACAGAGCCACUGCCAAGAGUGGCAGGACCUACUUCUACCAGUUUUCUCUGCCCUCUCGGGAUCCAGGCUCUCCCAAAUGGCUGGGGGCCAACCAUGCUGUUGAAAUGGCCUAUUUGUACGGAGAGCCUUUCACUAAGCCCGAGUUGUACCAGCCUCAAGACAGGACCCUCUCCAAGGCCAUGAUCGCCUACUGGACCAACUUUGCCCGCAGUGGGGACCCCAACGUGGGCCACUCUGCUGUACCCACUCACUGGUACCCCUACACCACGGAGAAAGGCAACUACCUGGACAUCACCAGCACGCUAGACAGCAGCUCCAUGAAGGAGCACCUGAGGACCAAGUUUCUACAGUUCUGGACCCUGACCUACCAGGCGCUGCCCACUGUGCACCAGCAGAUGAGCCCUGUGCCUGCUGCAGACGACUCUGAGUCUGCUCCCAUGUCCCGGGCAGAUCUCUCCCAAGCACGUCAGAUGUCCAUCGCCUUUGGAUUCUAGUGUUCAUGUCUGGUCCCAUUUGGUCAUAGGUUUGGGCCCCCGGGGCUGCUUCUCCUUGACUCUUCCUAAAUAAAAC